AUGGACGAGUACCUGCGCGUCCUCAUUGACGAGAUCGCCCUCGAGGGGCCCCACGGGCACCCGGCGGCCGAUCUGGCAGGGCUGCUCUCGGCCAGCACCGGGCACCAGAUCGAUCGCGGGGUCGUGUCAUUGCUCUGGCCGGCGCUGAUUCGCCACCCGGAUGCCCGUUUCGAAACUGAGCCGGAAGAUGCCCCCCCCGCGCCGAUGCCCCCGCCGCAUCUGCUGGACAAGCAAGUGCAUGCCCUCUCGUCGACAUCGGUUGGCUGCAAGGUUGUUCAUCGGAGUGCCCCGGCGUUGCGAACCUUUGCCGGGGCCCUCGAGCACUACCGGCAGCGGAAGCUCCGUCUGCGGGUGGUCGCCUCGACAACCUACCGGCAUCGAAUGCUCGGAGUGCUGAAUGACAAUCCCUUCGAGCUCACGCCGGUCAUGCUCUUUGUCCUGGAGCAGGCGGCCAAGUCCCGCGAGCGUGGCUUCCCCCAAUCCGAAGUGAGCCGCAUCCUGUCCAUCGACCCGCGCACCAUCUUUUCCAUGGUCAAGUCUCUGGAGCAGGCUGGCCUGAUCUUUCGCAUCCCCUUCUUCAAGCCCGGGCUCAGCCGAACCAACCUGAUUGUUCUUUCGCGCUUCGCCGGCAUGUCGGUGGCCGCGGCGCUGAAUGUUGCCUCCCGGGGCGACACCUCCCUGGUGGAGGAGUUCACCGGGAUCCCGAUCUUCCUCUUCGACAGUGCUCGACAGAUCAUCCUUUCCCAUUUGCGGGCAUCCAAAAACCACUCGAUGUCCUAUGACACAGCGCGGCAGCUGGUGGUGACCCGCACCGAGCGCAAAGCUGACUCCAGGGCGCCGGACGUCGAGCCUGGCGAGUCGAACGACUCGCCGGAGCAGCUUGCCGAGGUGUCGGAGCCGGCCGGCGAGACACCACAGCCCCCGCCGGCACCGGCUCCCACCGGGUCCGGGUGCGGUGCGAUCGUGGUCGCCAGCACCGGCAAGAACCAAGAGGCGCGUCUGGUCCGCCUGCUGUCUCGCAUCAUCCGCUCGCUCGUGGAGAUGGGCCACAUCGAGAAGUUCUACACCCACUCCGAGGGCACCAUGGUCAUGUCCAUCGGGCUGCUGAACAAGUCCGCCGGGCCUGCGGCCCCUGGCCGGGACGGCUCUUCCGCGGCCGACCCCGCCUCUUCCUUCGCCUCUGUGGAUGCACCACGCCCGGAGUACCUGUUUGCCCUUGAUCGGCCUGCCCACUUGCCCAUCCACCACUCGAUCUUCCGGCUGGUGGCCACCGCGCCGCAGGGCGUGUCCACCACCCGGCAGCUCUCGAUUCGGCUUUGCACCUUCGUUCGGACACAGCUCCGCCUGUGUCGCGAGGUCGGCGCCAGCGGGGCCAUCCGCAUGGACAACAUCGGCAAUGUCGGCCGCGAGCGGCACAUCCUCUUCGAGCCGCCAACAAACCUGGCCGAAAUCGCCCAUCGAUAUGGUCUGCAGUUUGAUCGCUCGGGGCACUGCUUCGUCAAUGCACUGAUGGACGCCUCGCUGCUGGAUGCCCCCCCGCGGGAGGUCGACACCAAGGAUGUGGUUCGCAUGGUGGACCCGGACAAUCCCCUGGCCUUGGAGUUGGACAGCCGCAUUCGCGGCGGCAUUAGCACGUCACGCCAAUACUACUCGUUGAAUGUGGUCAGCCAAGUCCGCGCUUUGCGGCUUGCCCUGCACAUCCAGCGCGAUCCGAUCAUCUAUGAGACGACGCUCGUCCGGAAGCUCGCGUCGCAGCCACUGUCACCCAAUGACCGGCAAUUUCUCGACUCAACCGGCAUGGACCGUCGCACCAUCCGGCGGAUCAUCGACGUCCUUGUCAAGGCCAACGUCAUUCGCGUGCAGGCCAUUCGCGAGUCCGAGGCUCUCGAUCCGUCUGGCACGCUGACCGCGGAAUAUGGCCCGGAUGCGCCCGAGUCCUCGCGGCGCGAGCAUGACGUCUUGAUUGGGUGUGUGACGCCCGUAGACCGGGCCCGCAUCUUGGAAAUGGUUGGCGACUAUGUUCGCCGGCGGCGCCAGCGUAUGGCUGCCGGGCCUGCUGCUCUGUCCACGCGCAAUCAGGAGGUUAGCUUCUUGGAGGACCUCGUCCUGGAAGAGGCCGCCGAUGACCGGAUUACCCUUCUCGCCGACAUUGCCAGCCGGGCGGCCGAGGCCACCCCUGAUGCCGAUCUGCCGGAUGAGAAGCCAGCCGUGGCUGUCGGUCAGGCUGGGCUGACCGCGCUGGAGGCCGCGCCGGCCAAGCGCCUUACCUCGCGUUGGACGUCCACCGGCGAUGUCGGCGCCGGGGGCGGGGCCAUGCGUGCGACGGCCGCUCGGUUGCUUGGCCGCCGUGCGCUUCUCGAUGCGCGCUCGGCCCGGGGCAUGUUCCCUGGCAUGGACACGCCCGGGGCCGAGGCGCCGGAUUCGGAUGCCGGGUCCAUGGGCGAGGUCGAUCGGGUGCCUGUGGCCCCGGUGCACCUGCGCAAGAUCGAGCGUCUGCGCGUGCUCUACUUCCACCUGCACCAGAUGAGCAGUGCCCCGGUGGCCGGGUCCCCGGACGAGGAGUUCCCCUUCAUCGAGGGUGCACAGUUGAUGAAGAGCCUGACACUGGGCGUGUUGGUUCGGGCCCUCGGCGUGCAGUCGGACUCGCAGGAGCGUCUUGUGCGUCACCUUCAGCGAAGCACGCACGCGCCGGUCACCAGCGCCGGCGCCCCGUCGACCAUCCUCCUGAGCCGGCAGCUGGCCUCGGUGCCGGUGGAUUGGCUUCCAGACCAGGCCCGGCGAGAGGCCCUUCUCUCGGUGGGCUGGCUGAUGCAGCCCCGGCUGCCGGCUGCGGUCGGGCCCGAGGGUUCCGCGGCGCCUGUCGCCACUGCCAGCACCGAUGUCGCCACCGCCACGCCGACCAAGUACCGGAUCUUGCGAAGCCUCCCGCUUGGCGGGGCCACCGCCGGCCUGGGCACCGGGGUUGGCUCGGUGAUCAUGUUGAAUUUGCUCGAGUGCUUGGAGGAGCUUGGGCUCCUGCAAUUCGAGGAGCAAUGCGGGCUCUCUGUUCUCGAGUUCCCCAUGGAUCGGCCCCUGCGUCCGGUUCCCAGGUUCCUGGCCAGCACCUUUGGCACGGCCACCGGCAGCAGCACCGACGGGACCGUGGCCCAUGGUGGCCUGCUGAGUCAGAGCCAGGACAUGGUCCGGGUUUUGGUGCCGGCGCGCUUCCGGCUGGUGCGACAUGUGCGCCUGAAGAGUCCCGGCGAUUAG